AAACAAAAAGGAAAAACGGAGACAGGCAAAGAAAAAAAAAUCGUCUUCGUAGCAAUCGAUUCCGGAUCGCGCUCGGGUACGAUAUUAGUUUUCCAAGUCCGGCCCUCAAAUUGGAUGGCUCAGAACUUUUCGAAUCGGUUGAAAUCGAAUAUCAGAAUGUAGUUUACGAGUUCAUGCAGUUGAAUACGGUGAAAAAAGUGGUUCGAAUCGGUGCAAAGGCCGCGAUUUUUCAGUACAGAAAUUCAAACGGUGUUUUCUCUCUUGUGUGCUGUUUACCCUGUGGAGAAGGACAAGCGCGGGCGGAACUGCUGGGGGAAGUGCCAGAAGAACAAGUGUCCACCGUUUGUCUUGUCGCCUUUCCUUGUGAUCGCAGAGGAAAAUAAUGGAAUACAUCACUGGCCACUGAGUGAAAGGGGUAAAAAUGAUGAUGGAGCCGUGUGCGACAAACUUAUUUUCCGAGUUCCUGCUCAGUGCAACGCAGAUUAGAAGUAAAAGCAUAAAAUGACGGAUUCGAGCUUGGACAAGUUUGCAGGUCGACGUUCAUUCCAAUGAGACAAGAAUCUUAAUUAGGUCCGGUGAAGCUGUAGUGAGACCGAUCCGUGAAAUAGUGUCAAAACCACAGAAGAGGCAGCAUCAACGAAAAACGAAUCAUGAUGGAUGAGGAUGCUCUGAUUGCUCGUGCCAAAGAGGAACGAGCCAAAAUAUUCCAGCGGUACGACCUAGGUCGUGAACAGGGCGCCGAAAUCGAUGCCUGGGAGGAUCCUGCAUUCGAAGUGUAUCAUCAAACCGAUCGGUAUGGAUUCAUCCAUGAUAAACGAUUACCACAGAAGCACGAUCCACACGAGACCAAAGCCAACGAGAUCGAAAUGGAGCGGGUCAAAAAGUGGCUCAAGAUGACCAAGAAAAAGGAUCAAUCCAUAUACGAGCAGCCGAAGUUGCACAAACGGGUCUACAAAGGCAUUCCAGAUAGUUUACGACACACGGUGUGGAGUAGGCUGCUGAAUCUAGGGAAGGUCAUGGAGGACGCCAAGAACCGCAACAAAUAUCAAGAAAUGCUGACGUUGGCUCGGACCUGGAGCACCGAAGCAAGGCAAAUCGAUUCGGACGUUAAUCGACAGUUCCGGGAGCACGUAUUCUAUCGGGAGAGGUACAGCGUGAAGCAGAAAAGUCUUUUCAACGUGCUGGUUGCGUAUAGUAUGUACAAUACGGAGGUUGGGUACUGUCAGGGAAUGUCCGGCCUUGCAGGAUUGUUACUUAUGUACAUGGAUGAAGAAGAGGCAUUUUGGGCAUUGAGCAUACUGCUGUCAGAUAGGAAGUAUGCUAUGCAUGGUCUCUUCAUAGAGGGCUUCCCCAAGCUGACACGCUUUCUUGCACACCAUGACAAAAUCAUAGCCAAAUUUAUACCAAAGCUGAAAAAACACUUUGACCAGUACAAUCUGGACUCAAUACUCUACUCGUUGAAAUGGUUCUUUGUUGUGUUUAUCGAAAGGAUACCGUUUAGCCUAUGUUUACGCGUUUGGGAUGUGUAUCUCCUGGACGGCGAGAAAGUUGUUACUGCCAUGGCGUACACCAUAUUACGUUUGCAUAAAACUAAGAUCUUGAAGCUCAAAGACAUGGAUUUAAUUGUGCAAUAUAUACAGACUAAACUGCACCUUGAUUUCGGUUACGACGAUGACUUCGUCAUCCAAACGUUGGAAAAGUGUAUGGACGAGUUGCGAAAAGCGGGCUUGGAACUACCGCCGCCGGCCAGCGAAAUAGAACUGCCCAAAAAGCCAUUUGGAGUGUUUGAGGAACCAACUGUUGAGGCUAAGAUUGGACGUCGGAAGAAAGAGUUUUCCGAAACGGAGAAAGAAGUCACAGAGACUGUGAAAACGAAACGUGAAAUUACUGCCCAAGAGGUUUCUGCCCUUAAUCAAGCCACUGCAAUAGGAAGUGGUUCCAAUACUCCGCUCAAUACCGCUAAUGUACCCGAAUCGGAAGACGGUGGCUCGCUGCUGGGCAGCUCGAGAAAAUCCUUGGCUGACACGUCGGUCACAUCCACAGCCGAUUUGAGUGUCCUUUCCGGUGGCCAGAGUCAACGUUCCCACAAUGCAUUCGAACUGUGCUAUGAGGAUCAUCCCAAGAUGAUCGAAAGCACCGGUGAUGGCGACGGAGAGAGCAGUCCUGGAUUACGGAAACGAGCGAUUAUUCUCUCGGCAAAACAGAAACCAACCGCCAAGGGCCCAACGUCCGCCAUCGGUUCAAUGAGUGUGGUAGCUCGCAGCCCUUCGGCUCAACCAACGCCCCGGGCAAUGUCGCCUCAGGACGUUGUACGCAUUUACGUUCCGCCUGCUCCUCCGGAAGAACUGCAGAAAAAUACAUCCCAUUCAGCGUCGACCAGCACGGUCGUGCCCUCAACAGUCGCAAAGAAGGAUUCCUUCAGCAAAAAUGCAAACCGUUACUCUAAUGGAUCAAACUAUUCCGGUGCCGGUACGCCGAUCGUGGUAAGUCGUAUGAGUAAUUACAACGAUGAAGACGAGGAUGAUUCGAAAACUAGGCGCAAUAGCGAAAUUGAGUUGUAUCAGCCGACAUAUAGUAGUGGUAGGUUCGAGUAUGGAAGCGACUAUGGAACUACGUCAUCCAUUCAGAAUUAUGCCGUUAAUGGGAGGUCUACGUCCAGUUCACGGCGUGGGAGCAUGUCGAGAAAAUCUCCGGCGCCAAUGCUGGAUGGGGAGUUUAUAAUCGAGUGUAGUCACCUAAAAGGACGGAAAUAUGUUCCAGAUCACCAUACAAGUCAUACUAGCUUGAAUCAGACUAGUGGGGUACGGAUGAGAAAUGGAUCUGAGAAUAACAUACAUAGAAUGACAUCAUUUGAGGAACUCGCUAAAAAUAAGUGUUUAGGAGGUAGCAGUAGCAGUUUAUUGAAAAAUAUCAAUGAUGAUUACAUUAUUCGACAAAUGGUACGAGCGAAAGGGAACAGAAUGACGAAAAGUGAAAUUUAUGAAACAGUGGAUAGCAGCGAAAGCGGAAGCAACGAUCGAUAUGAAAUGUAUGCAUCGAUCAAUUCACAAAAGAUUUCUAGGGGGCAUAAAAGCGAUUAUAACAUACAGUAUAAGAAUCUAUCGACUAGAAGCAUUAUUGGGGACGGACAAGGCCAAGACUACAACAGCAUCGAGUAUAAGACAUUCAAAACUCGACAGAGUAGUCGAGAAAGUGGCAACGAUAGCAGUCCGUUCGAUUACGACUUGUUGCCUGAUAACCGGCAUGAAAAUAACGCACUUAGAGAUUACAAUAGAUUUUUCAACAAUGAAGAUGACGAUGAAGACAAGUUAUUGAAUAAAUCCUCAGAUGAGUCUUCCACUAGUCCUCCGCCCAACAAGCAGGUGCAAUACGUUCAAAAUAACUCCUCGUUCGUGAAUAGCCCAAGUAACGAAACUGCUCCACUUUUAUCUCCGACCUCCACAGGCCGUAAAACGUCCGUCCCAAAUCAAAACUCCUCCAUCCCGGUGAGCAGUAAUGCAAACCGCAACAAAUAUUCCACGGAAUCAUUCCGGCUCGAUUUAUCCUCUCCACUGACAUCAUCGAACCGAAGAAACACCAACGAAUCAACUUCUUCUGCAGCCUCCUCGGCUAUGGCCGCAAGACAACAAUAUCAACAGCAACAAUCUCGCAUUCCAAUCAUAAAAUCUCCGACAUCACCACCUACUUCUAAUCAAGGUUCCUUGAGAAAACCUCAAAAGUCAAGAAUUCCAACAUCACACCAAGCGGUCACAUCACCUCUAUCCCCCACUGGAUCCAGCAGCCAUGCAAACGGUCGCAACAUCGCCGGGAGUCGAAUACCAGCUGGUCCAUUCUCUCCCGUCCUUCCCGGACAACCGCAGCGAAGUCCGUACGAUUUGAGCUUGGGACGUUCACGCAUCGGAUCAUCCAGUUCUGCGCACCAAAUUCAGCAGCCAACCGAUUCGAACAAAAUUCGAAUCAAGGUAAACCAAUCGCAGUCCUACAGCUCCGGUUAGGAAACAAAAUCAACGCCAGUGACUGUAGCCUGCUUCUUGGUCGAAUAAUAACCGUGUAUCUCAGACGCUUUCUCUUUCUCUCUAGAUAUCUUACAUUCCAGCUUUUAGAGCUUAGAGAUGAUUUUAAACUGAUUUAUCUUUUGUCGAACGUCUAGAAGCAAAGCUUACAAAAUUUCCACAUCGUUCAUCGAAUAUCAAAUCUGUUCUAAAUUAGACACACAUGAAUUACAAAUUCGGUAAUUUUAAUACGUUUUAACAAACUAAUUUGGGACUAAGUACCCGAAUAAUUCACAUUAACGUGCAUUUAUGUUGCUUAGGGAGCAAAGCGCUAACAAAAAAUACCGUAUAUGGCAAUACAACCGUAGGUUAACCCGCGUAAAACUUGAAUCUAAUAGCUGCACUGGUACCAAGACCAGUAACAUUACCUGAAGCAAUCUCUAAUAUUGAAAUUGAUCUUGUUUGGUUAUGACUAUGGCUGCGGCGUUAGUGUAAGGUAGAGCAUUCCGUAAAUUUAAACACCAAACAAACCUGUUCACGUUGUUAUACGCGACUAAGACAUCGUUUCAAUAAUGGUAUUAUUCUAACAAUCGCCCCUUGUUGUGCAUAAUCUGCUACUGCAGCAAGUAACAAUCGGUAAUCAGUUGAAACUAAUACGUUUUUAUUUCUACCAGAACCUACCACCGUAAAGUGCCGUGAUUCAAUGCAACUAAUACUCAAAUUUUGCACAUUUUAAUUUUUUUUAAUAAAUUUAAAUUAUAGUGCUACUUUUUAAUUAAACUAUGAUUUAUCAUCAU